UUCAACCAAAAUAAACAGGGGAUGGCGGCGUAUUACAUUACACUGCUGGCUUAGUAAUUUCUUGUUUUGGCCAUCUUUAUGUUGUUGGGAUUGCGUGACAAAAUGUCGUUCUCACUAAUUCAUUUGAAAUGAAACUAUCGGUAGAUUACAAUAUUAUAAGGUGGAUAUCUUUGUCGAGAAUUUAAUCACAGUCUGGCUGUUUGCGCAAAAAAUAGUACUUUUGUGGAAGAAAAUAAGAGCCAAGGCAUCACUGCGCUAGGAUCCAGAAAAAAAAAUGUGUGCACCUGGGUGAAAUUAAAUUCAGAUUCAAAUACUUCACCAGAUGAAAGUCGGGAUCAUUUUAACGACUGGAAUUUGCCUCAUUUCGUCGUUUUUGAAAUUUCAAUGCACAAAUACCGUGUAUACUUUUAAAACAAAGCAUAUAAGAGCAACUGUGUCUUUAAGGCUAGUUGUGGAAGAUGUCACGUGACCCUUCCUCGAGUUGCAGAGAGUAUCGGAGUGAACGUACAUCGGCUGGCCGAGUUCCCUCCGUCACAUACGAAUGGAAGGAGGGUAUGGCAUCGCUGUCUUACCCACCUAUGCCCCCUAUUUUGAGCUUGGUGGUUAUUUUCUUAUUGGUAUACUUAAUCGAUACAAGUAAUGGAUGUGGAAUGCAAUUGUGUCAUGAACGUUGGCGGACUGCUCAGAGAGCAGCACAUGGAGGUUUGAUAAAACCACAUAAUGGAGAAGAACCUCUUUGUGUAGCACAUAGGACUUAUUUGGUGUGCCUGAUUGCAGAAGAGGUGAACUGCAAAACCAAUUUGCAAUUUCAACUGACCAAGCGAGGUGUCAUACUCAACAUGAAAAGUUCAAAGUGUAAUGAUUAUGGUGAUACUUUUAAUGUAACCACUGUUGUUAAUGACCCUCUCAUGGAUCCAUGUUUUCCAAAUUCAAUUUGCACAUGUACUUUUCGAAGCAAAAAUCCUAACACUCCAAUAAAAUAUGAACACUGUGGAUUAUUUGGUGAUCCCCAUUUGAGGACGUUCAGGGAUGAUUUUCAGACUUGUAAAGUGGAAGGUGCAUGGUCACUGGUUCAGAACAGAUAUAUAGUGAUUAUGGUCACAAACAACCCAGUAAAAGACCAUGCAGCAGCAACUGCCACAAGCAAGUUGACUGUUGUGAUAAAGAAGAAUGAAGACUGUGCUUCACGUGAUUUUGUAACAUACAAAGCUCACACAAAUAACCUGCCAGGAACAUUUGAAAAUGGCCUAUCUGCUGUAGGCCCUGAUGAAAGUGUUGCCAUCCGAGUGAUGGAUCCUGGGAAACAUGUACAAAUUUAUUUAAGGUUCAUUGAUACAACCAUACGGGUGCGACAAAUUGGUCGCUAUUUCACUUUUGCCAUAAAAAUGCCACAGGAAAUUGUGGAACAGUCACUAGACAAUGAUACUCAGCAAUUAUGUGUGCAAGGAUGCCCUGAACAAGAGCAAAUUAAUUAUAAAAAAUAUCUGGCAGAAAAAAGGAGAAUUAUAGACGGGCAUCAAGGGGACAUCGCAAUGACCAGUGAUAAAGCAAGUGAAUUGUGUCGGAAGUCACAUGUUGUGGAUUUUUACUUUGAUUCAUGUGUAUUUGAUCUCAUGACCACUGGAGACGAAAGUUUUACUGUAGCAGCACAACAGUUGUCAAAAGAUUUAACAGAUCUUUCACCAGAAAUUGUGAAAACUCAGGGAAACCGAACACGUUUGAUAGAAAUCCUUCCCUCAAGUGGCUGUAGAGUAAAUAGUGACUUUAUUCUGUGGACUUGUGCUUUAGCUGUUCUUUUAUGUUUAUUAUUUCAACAAAGGACUUCAUAACAAAGGUAACAUAUUCAGACAAUGGCAAGACAUUCAUGUCACUUUCAGUAUAUCUAGAUACUUUUUUCUGGAAGUAUUUGCCCAGUGCUGAAACAAUAAUGAAAUUUUAUGUAUGGAAAUUGUAGCAAAGCUAAAUGCAAGGGACGAAUGUUAUUGGAGGGGGUGGUGGUGGUUGGUUUGGGGAGGGGUGCAGUAAGAGAUCUGAAGAUAAGACAAUUAAGGCCAUUCAAGUUUUUUCUCUGUUUCAUGUUCACCUAUUAUUCAUGAACCUACCUAUCAAUUCACAAAAAAAAAAACCCACACAAGCCAAAAUGUAAAACACAGAUUUCAUAGUUAUAAAAAUGACAUCAUUUGAAGGAUUUUUGAUUUCAUUAUUCUAUUUUUCUGGUAGAAAAUCUAUUCCUUUGCAAUUGAAGGUAGUAAAUGCUAAGUAUUUACUAAUUUGACAGAUUUUAUUUCUAAAGAAAUUGACAGAAUUCAGAGGUCUCAAUAAAAAAAAAAUCAAUUCAGGACUUUUUGCUUUUUCUCAUCUGAGCUGUGUAAAACCAAAACUCAUGCAGAUGCUUAACACAGAAAAAAACUUAGUAUGGCCCAAUUGCAUCAUAGAAAAAAAACAAACAACCAGAAUAAUCACGUGAAUUAAUUUUUUUCUUAUGUAUCUGCCAUUGCAUAGUGCUUUGCAAUCAAUUUCUCUUAGAUUGUUGACCUGGAGCAGCUGGGACUGCCCACCAUUUGAUUAUACAACAAAUAAAGAUGAUACUUCUGUAAUGUAAUAUUACAGAUGAUAAUUUUCCUGGCACUUAUGAGAAAAUUGUUCUUUUGCUUGGAAUGAUCCAAUCAAUUUCUUUUUAUAUCUCAUGAAGUUGGCUCUGUAACAUUUCUACUUCUCUAUGCUGGUGUCAGAAUGGAGAUGCAAACACAUGUAAUUCAGCAACAAAGCAAUUGAUUUUUCUUUUUUCCCUUAGUUUUUAAUGAAGACUAUAUAUAUUGGAAGUGACAUGAAUUUUUUGAAGCAGAGUCUGAAUAUGAUUGUGUAAUUUUUUUUGUUAUGUGAGAAAACCACCCUUUUUCAUGAGAAUUAGAGACUUUGUUUGGAUUAAUGGAUUACAUAUUAUAUGUCUAUGAUACCCAUUUAUGAUUGAUGCCAAAAAUACAGUAUUUUGUUAUAUGCUGAAUUAAAACAAAACCCACUUUAAUUAAAAUGUAGUGUCAGGGAAUAUAUGUAAUUGAUAAGCUAUGAUUAUAAAGGAAGUGGGUAUGAAUUUCGUGCAUGUUUCUUUCUGUACACGGGUGAAUGAUGGAUGUAGGGUGUACGAGAUACACAUUGUGUGAAUUAUGCAUGUAUAUAUGUGGAAACAGUGUGUGAAAAGUCUGGCAUCAAUGUUUUUGAGUCUGUGUAUGUUAUAAAUGUAUAUAAAAAUGCCAACUGCUGACUGCACUGAACAAUUGAUUAUUUGUUAUUGAAAUUUUCAGUAGAUUUAAGUAUGUGAAACUUCAUAGCUUGACAAUUCAGAAUAUUGAAUUCCAUACAUACACAUGUACAGUUGUGUUCUGGCCCUCUUGUUCUUUGUGCCAGUCAUGUUUAAAUAAGCCCCCAUAUUGAUUUUCUCGUCUAAAAUAUCUUGGAUUUUUAGAACCCCAGCCACAAAGAUUUAGUGUUAUUAGGUGUAAAUUCUAGAGACCAGAGCUAUCAAAAGAUACCUAAGAAAGCUUUUUAAAACUGUUUGUUGAAAUAAAGAUCGAGCAACUUGUUUGCAACCUUUAGUUUGGUGUUGUCAAACUUAACACAAACAAAGUAUUGCAUAAUUUGGUCACACACUUUCAAGUAGGCAUAAAAUUGUAAUUUCUCAUUAUUAACUUUAUUGUUUUCUCAGUUCUCUCUCUCUCUCUCUAUAUAUAUAUAUCUUUUAUUGGUAAAUUAUGAGAGGGCCUGAAUCAACUGGAAAAUGCAGAGUCAGUUUGUGUAGACUCCCCAACUCUUUCUGAAAAAUGACAAAAAAGCAAUAAAAUUGUUGAGUAUUUAUA